AUGGCGCUCCGGAGGGCGGGCGCGCUGCUGAGGGGCGCGCACGGCGCGCAGGUCGAGGGCCUCGGCGCGGCGCUCGGGUCGCGGGGCGGCAUGUUCUCCCACGCUGCGCUGGACCGCCCGGACGCGGUGCGUCCGUACACGGGCGGCACGGAGUUCCUCGGCACGCCAGCGAACCAGGACGAGCUCAACAAGAAGCGACCCAUCUCUCCGCACGUUUUCGACAUCGGCAGCCUCAAGCCGCACUACAAGAUGCCGGCCUCCGCCAUCUCCUCCAUCACGAACCGCGUCACAGGCGUGGCGCUCUACGGCCUCCUCGCGGGCGUGGGGGCCGCGAACCUGGCCGGAAUGGACGUCAACGGCAUGAUUGAGGGCUUCCGGGCCGCGGCGCCCGUCCUGGUCUUUCCCACUAAGUUCGUUCUCGCGUAUCCGAUCGUCUACCACUGGAUGGCCGGCGUCCGCCACCUCUACUGGGACCACGCGAAGUACGACAACCAGGCGCAGCACAACUCGCCCCUGGAGAAGUCGACGAUCUCGCGGAACUCCAACAUGCUGAUGGCGGCGAGCGUGCUCGCCACCGCAGGCAUGGCAGUCGUGAGCAUCUAA